AUUUUCCAGAAUUUUUUUAUUUUUUUUUGUUUCCAAUAAAUUUUUCACUCAACUAGAUAGAUAUGUUGCAUGUUAAACAAAGAAACGGGGGAGAUCAGAGCCAACACAUCAACCAGAAGCAGAUAUCACCUACCAGCAGCCCUACAAGAAUGACUACCGAAGAAGGUGCAAAGCUAGUCACUGUGAUGGUGAACAACAAGCCGGUGGAGGUGUCAGCCCCAGACGAGGAAGAGCUAUAUCUUGAGAAGUUAGUGUUCGGUGACGCUGACGGGUUUGCCAAUAACCUCAAGAACGUCGACAACUUGUACAUGGAUGAAGAAGAAGAAGAUUUCAACACGAAUGACAUCAACCCGUUCAAUUACUCAGAUUCUGAGCCUGACGAGUUUUUAGACACAUUGGCAAACAAACAGGAAUAUGGAUUCGAUGAGAUAGACGAUGGUGAGGACGAAGACCUCGAGCAGGAUGAUGAACAAAUGGGGAAGCUAGAAGACGACGAGCUCUUCUUCAAUGACUCGGAGGCGGACUCGGACCAGAUGGAUGUGGAUCGAGAGACGGGCGAUGGAAAUGCCGAGGAAUCGGAAGAAUCGUCGGAUGAAGAUUUGUGGGAAGAUUCAGACGAUGAAAGGAUUGUCAUCGACGUGACCUCCGUCGACAGACUCAAGAAAUUAAGAGAGACGGAAGAGGAAAGAUUCAUACCCGGUUUGGAGUAUAUCGACCGUUUGAAGGUCCAGUACAAAAACAUCUACCAGGUCCCCGAAUGGGCAACCCAUGAGUACGAAGAUGACAAGGUGGAGAAUGAGGACGAUGAUGAGGAAGACGGCACCGGCAAGGGCCUAUACGAUGAUGUGAAGACCUCGAAGAGUCAGGUGAUAUCGGCAUCUUCCAACCCUCUUAUGGACUUCCUUGCCCAGAACCAGACAUACAACAUAACCAAUGAGAAGUCCAAGCUGCUCAAUCCCGAACACCUCAACAUCGACCGUCUUGUCGACGCAAAUAUUUCUAAACUCUCCAAAUCUUCCAUUCAGUCAAUGAGCUUUCAUCCAACACAGCCGCUAUUGCUCACCGGUGGUUUUGACAGAACCUUGCGAGUGUACCACAUAGAUGGGAAAAACAACAGCCUGAUCACAUCACUACAUCUUAGACAAUCUCCUGUCCAGAAUUGUGUCUUUUUGAAGAACCCAGAUUCUGGAUUAACGACGAUUUUGUCUGGCGGUAGACGUAAAUACAUGUUCAAAUGGAGCAUUGAUUUGGGGGUGAUUGAAAAGGUCACAAGAAUGUACGGACACGAAAUUAGACAGCGUUCUUUCGAACACUUCAAAGCGUCAAGGGAUGGCAGAUUCAUCGCCUUGGCCGGUAACGGAGGAUGGGUGAACAUUCUCUCAGUGGCGACUGCACAAUGGGUGCAUGGCUUCAAGGUGGAAGGCACCCUCAUGGACUUUGAAUUCACAUCCGACAGACUCAUAGUAGUCAAUCAGACUGGUGAAAUCUGGGAGUUCAACAUGUCCAAUUACAACAUUGUCACUCGUUGGACAGAUGUGACAGGUAUAGGUAUCACAAGAAUAAGGGUUUCUCCAAACAACAGGUUUUUGGCUGUGGGAAGUAAUACAGGGUUCGUCAACGUAUACGACAGAUUGAAAGACAACAGACUGUUAAAGUCAAUAGACAACCUUACGACGACUAUCUCGAGUUUGGAAUUUAGCCACGACUCGCAGGUCCUUUGUAUUGCAUCGAGAGCAAAGAGAGAUGCAUUGAGAUUGGUGCAUUUGCCAUCUUGUAACGUUUUCAAGAACUGGCCUACCAGUGUGACUCCACUUGGAAAAGUCACUUCUGUUGCCUUUGCUCCAAGUGGCGGUUUUCUUGCCACCGGUAAUGAGCAGGGGAAGAUUAGACUCUGGAAAUUGCUUGAUAUUUGAUUUCCCUGAAAACUCAACGAUAACUUAAUUAGUCUUUUCUUCUUCUACUUCUGAACAUAAUUUAUGUAGAUUAAUCCCGCAAUAUAUUAAAGAAUCCGUGG